GCUCCUGGACAGCGCCCGGAUGAACUCGCGCACAGAUUCUAGCCCCGCGUGCCUUAUAAAGUGACAGAGCCGCAUCAGCACCGAGUCUAACCGGAGUGUGUCGGGACUUCAAGAGACAAGCAGACCCACGUUCAACAGACACGCUCCGGACCUGACGCUCGGUGGAAACCCACGGUUUAGGUCCGCCGCCAAGCCGGUAGCCGGUCGCUGCCUCCAACGCCACAGCAACAGGGCAGCAGCAUGUCUGAAACUAAAUCCAAUCAGCGGUUCCACAGUCUGAACGCUGAGCAGGUGGAGAUCCUCCACCAGGUUUUAUCAGAGGCGGUUCCAAUCCACGGCCGCGGGAACUUCCCCACGUUGGAGCUGCGUCCGCGAGACAUCAUCAUAGCCGUGCGGACCAGGCUGCAGCAGCAGGGAAUCGCAGUGAGAGAUGUCCGUCUGAACGGCUCCACAGCCAGCCACGUCCUGGUGCGAGACAACGGAACGAGCUACAAGGACCUGGACAUCAUCUUUGGAGUGGAGUUGCCCAGUCAGGAGGAGUUCCAGGUGAUCAAGGAGUCAGUGCUGGGCUGCUUGCUGGACUGCCUACCUGCUGGGGUCAACAGGGAGCGGAUCAGCAGUGCCACAAUGAAGGAGGCCUACGUCCAGAAAAUGGUCAAAGUCUUCAAUGAGCACGACCGCUGGAGCCUCAUCUCCCUCUCAAACAACAGUGGUAAAAACCUGGAACUCAAAUUUGUGAGCACGCUGAGGCGGCAGUUUGAGUUCAGCGUUGACUCCUUCCAGAUUAUUCUGGAUCGUCUCCUCGAGUCCUACAUGCAGCAGGAGUCCCAGCACAAACACAACACUGUCGAUCUUAAGGGCCAGCCCGCAGAGAAUCAGAAUAAAGACUCUCCCUCUCUGCUCAAACAGGCCAACGCUCCAGAACCAGAGAAGGCCUCUGGUAGAGACUUGUCCAACAAGGGGGCACAUAUCAGCCAGACACAACAGAGAGAUGAGGUCCACGAAAAGGAGUCCCAGACAGAACUCUCACAAGAAACUGAACAUUCAAACCAGACAAAACUCUCCGAAGUUGAAAAGGACAACCAGGUGAAAGCACCUGUGCAGCUGAAAGAAGCGUCAGAACACAAAGAAACCUUGAGUGAGACAGACUUCUCUGACCAGACAUCUCCAAACCUUUUGUCACAAAAGACACAAACCUCUGAGGAAGCUGAACCACCGAGUCAGAUUGAGCUCAGACACGAGCCGGAGCUCUCGGAUGAGACCGAAUGCUCACCAAAGGUAGAACAGUCAGAGCAAACCCAGCCCUGCGAUGACCAACAGGCAGCACAUUCAGAUCCCAAAUCGCUGUCUGUCAAGGAAGAACAAUCCAACCACACAAAACCCCCCGAUGAACAGAAAGUACUCACAGAGCAGACGGGGCAGUCCGAACCGCCAGAAACCUCAAACAAAACCCAGGCGGAGUCUCUGAACCUGCCAGAAGAAUGUCACAGUGCAGACUCCUCCAGCAGUGAGGAUCAGAGCAGUGACGAGGAAGAUGAAACACAACAUGUGACGGCUGCAGACUCGAGCACAUCUUCACAUGCAAAGACGGAGACACAGUUGGCAGAUGAAAGAGAAGUAGAAACAGACAUCGGCGAGCAAGCAGACAGAAAAACUGAGACAGAAAGAAGUGAGAUGACAGAAGAGAUUUUAGCAUCGGCAGCAAAAAACCUAGAAGACACACAGGGUGUCCAUUGUUCCUGCUCCACCUCUUCGAUGUCGCUUACACUUCACAACACGGAGCCCGCUGGCACACAAGAUACACUGGAGACUCACUGCACAUUAUAUGCAGAUGAAACCCCGAACCCACUUGACGCCGUCAGCUCUUCAGAUGCUCAGGAUAUUUUACAUGGAAAAAAGACCUCUUGUAAGGCCUCAGAGAGAUUAUCUCACAUGGUGGUGCUCAAACACUCCUCUCCCAAACCCCCUCGGAGGAUGUGUAGAAAGACCAGCUCCAAUGCCAGUCCAGUCUCUGAAAGCGAAUCCGUCCUAGAUCCAAACCCCUGCCCCAGCCCCGAACCGGAGAUAGAUUUCAACCCAAAGCCAACCGCUCCCAGUUCAGACCCUACAACUACCCCAACGACCAGUAUCUCUACUAACACAAACCCCGGGUCUGAACCCACCCCAUCCUGUAACCUAGACCUCACCUCAGCUCCUGAUCCAGCCUCUGAUAUAAUCUCCACCUCUGCUGUGGUUUCCGUGUCGGCUCUAUCUCAAGAGCCCUCGUUCCCUCAGCUGAUCACGGAGAGUUGGUGUGAGACAAGUCUUCAGAGCUCAGAAGAGACGGCGUCUACACAUGUGGCUUGUGAUGAGCAAAGCCAGGCCACCCAGAGUGAAACCGACCCUGCACCCAAACAAUCAGAACCUCUUGACUCGGCGGACGCAUUAGCUUCACACACCGAUGCGUCCGGCUCAGACACCCUGGCACCUGCACAUGCCUCAGAUGGUGAGCUCAGUGACGAAGAGGAGAACAGGGAACCAGGGAGCAAACCGGUGGCCUUGAAUCCGCCAAACGACAGCCCACAAGAGACCACGCUUAGUUCACCCUCCUCUCCCCACCGUGCGAGCACCCCUGUUUCCUGUCUCACACCUCCUGUGCUGAGUGUUUCUCCUCCCUGCUUCACUCCCUCGCCCCCCAGCAUCAGCCCUCCCCCAUGUCUGACCCCUCCCUCUCACUGCCUCUCAUCCCUGCUGCUGAACACCGACAGCCCUGCUACCAGCGUUAGCUCUCCACUCCUGAGUUUCAGCCCCACCUCAUCCUGCCUCAGCUCACCUCCUUACCUCACCCCUCCUAUGCUUAGCCUCAGCCCUCCUCCACUCUGUCUUAGCCCCCCUUCCCUGUGCCUCAGUCCUCCUCUCCUCUGCCUCACUCCGCCGGUGGAGUCAGAGGACCUUGUACCUCAGGUAUCUUCAGACAUGGAGCCUUUGAUAGUGAAAAUAGGCACCGAGAAACAGAUUAAAGAGUCCUCCCCUCAGCCAGGAGCUCCUCACCUACAGUCGGAGGAUAAGAAGGAGCAAGCUCAUAUCUCGUUGUUGCCUCAGGUUGUGGAGCCCGUCUCGUUCCCAAUCACAAUCCCGAGCUCCACCACACACGUCCUGCCUCACUCUCAGCCCGAAGGCCCGGGUGAAUCGACCCCUCCAAAAGCCGACGAGGCAUCCAGCUCUGUGUUUGAGAACAAAGAGGCCCCUAAGGUGGCCGCGGUCAUGCCUGAACAGAGCAUUGCUCCCCAGGCUUCUCGCUCAGUCGCUGCUGUCGAGGUCCUGGCAGAGAGCAUGUACGGUGACUUUGAGGCAGCCAUGGACCACCUGCGCUACCACCUAAUCGCCACCAGGAACCCCGAGGAGAUCCGAGGUGGGGGCUUGCUGAAAUACAGCAACCUGUUGGUCAGGGACUACCGACCAGCCAGCGAGACUCAGAUAAAGACACUGGAGCGCUACAUGUGCUCGCGCUUUUUCAUCGAUUUCCCCGACGUGCAGGAGCAGCAGAGGAAGAUCCUGUCCUACUUGAAGAACCACUUUAUCGGCGAGGAGAGAAGCAAGUACCAGUUCCUGAUGACGCUGCGCCGCGUGGUCGACGACAGCACCGUGUGUCUGAUGGGACAUGAGCGGCGUCAGACCCUGAACAUGAUCACGGUGCUGGCGCUGAAGGUUCUAGGAGAGCAGAACAUUAUCCCCAACACAGACCAUGUGACGUGCUUCUACCAGCCCGCGCCGUACCUGGCUGAUCACAAUGCUCCCUAUUUACCAGAACCCAGCUACUGCAGCUACUACAUCCCCCAAGGGGGAUCCACUCUGCUUUACCAGCCGUACCCCUUACACCUGCACACACAGACUGGACUGGUCUGAAACACACGCAAAACACACAAUCAAAACGGAGGGAAGGUGCUUUUCACGAGGAAAGAGAGAGGUGGUGAAUGGAAAUAUAAUCCAGGGAUAAACUGUUUGGUCUAUAAUAGACCUAUGGGGGUGGGAUUGAGUGGGUUUUUACAGUAAACUCCCUGAGUACUCUGUAAGGUUCUAAUAUGAUUAUAUGUAAUUAUCUGGGCUUUGUGGGAAAAUAAUAAUUCUUCCGAUUAUGUUAAAAUUCCAGAAAAUGCUUUAUGCACUGCAUGAGUCAUAGCCCUUUGGUCUCCACGGGAAACCAGCUGUGCUGUUGACAUUCACACACAUGCACGGACACACACACACACACACACACACACACACACACACUACACACGAAAAUCACACUUUCAGGUUCUUGAAUUCUUGUAGACUCUUUUCAUGUUCUUACUGUGUUGUUCUUAAUGGGUUUGUUCAGAAUGUGGACCUUGCCUGUGGUUGAUAUUGUGCAUGGAUAAAUUAGGACUGUUCUCUCACUGCCAAAUACUGUGUGACUACUAUGCUUCUUAAACUGUUUAAUGUAACUUUGUUGAUCCUUUACUGAAGAGUGUAUUCUGAUAUCUUAAAAAAAAAAAAGAAAUACUGAGGGACAAGUCUACCAAUGUGUACAGUGCUUUUAUCAGAACACACACAAACAAACACUAUACUGUACGCACACAACGUUAGACAAUGCAUGAGUAGCUAAAUAUAUAGAUCACAUCCUGAAGUCAAAGCAAAGGCUUUUAAUGUAAUAAGAAUCAAUCUAUUUUUGCAAGACUUUCCAAGAUAACACUAAACAGACUGGUUAUCCCCGACAGAAAAACGCCAACAACGAUGCCUUUGCAGCAGACUGUACAGCGUAUUGAUUACAGUAUACCGUGUGCGGAUACACUGCAUUGUUUUCAGGUCAAUUGUGUUAAGAUGUCGUGCUUGAUUCCUUUCCCCUCGUGGAGUCCUUUCUGUAAUCAUGUGAAGUACUGUACCUUCUCGUGUUGAUUUAUUUAACGCCAACGUUUACUCUGGAGGUGGUCAGGUUACGACCAUCUUUAGGUCAUCUCUCUGUCUGAAACGAAGGGAUCGCAUUGAAUCAACACACGAACAAGUUCAAAUCCUCCUCAGACCUGUUUGAAUCUAAGCAACUCUGACCAAAGAUGGUUCGGUAGGGAAAUCAAGUGCCUCAAUGUGAGACAUCAUCGGCAUGUCUUUAUCUGCUGCACUGGGGGUGUUAAUGGGGUGGGCCCGGGUCGGGUGUGUGUUCAGCUGUUGACCCCUGUUAUUGCUGCC